AUGGCCGAACUUGCCGCGGCCGGCAGUGCAGUGGGCAUCAUUUCUCUAGCCAUCACAACCUGCCAAGGUGUCCUCUCCUACUACAAUUCAUGGGACACCCAGGACCAGGACAUCAGCCACGCGAAGGGGAGAAUCGAAACGCUGCGGAGCAGUCUUUCCGCCCUUGAAGAGAUCCUGCCGAAGAUAUCGUCUUCUUUAGCGAUUGCUGGCCAUGUGGAGCGGUGCGUGCUCUCUUGCCAAGAGGGCACCGCGAGGCUGGAACAAUUUCUGGGAAAAUGUCGCAAGAAUCCUGCUCCCACCAGCCUUACAGACAAACUUCGAGAUUGUCGACAGAAGGCUAUAUUUCCUUUUCGACAGUCUUCUUUGGAUAGUCUCAAAGAAAUUCUGCGGGAUCUCGAGGAUAAUCUGGGUACUGCGCUCCAGGUCUUGCAACUUGACACGUCCGAAGCCCAGUUCCGACGGACCUCAGACUUGGUGGAUCUUACAAAGUCGACAGCCUCAUCGGUUGAUGGCGCUAGCCGGGGUAUUUCGGUUAUUGACCAUAAGGUGGAUGUAGUCAUGGGUGCCUUGCCACAAAUCCAACAAGGUGUGGCUCAAUUUACGUCCGAUGUUCCGAUGCUUCAUUCUUCUAUUACAAGUAUGGAGCAGAGUAUGGAGCGAAGACUUCAGGCCAUUGAAAGGGUCACGUCCUGCAUCUUGCCUGAUUUCCAGACCAGGCUUGAUCAGCUUCCCCUUCGGAUCGAAGAAAGUCUGGCAGCAUCUACCGCUUUGGCGGGCCGGAGUCCAUCAGUAGAGGCCUCUGGCUUGAAUGUUAUCAAGUCAGCCACGUCUACAACUCUCGGCGACAUGGAUGAGGACGUGCGAAAGCUUCAACUUGCUCUGGCUCAGAGGCCCAGCAUACUACGGACUGUCUGCGAUGAAACGGACGGUCUGGAGAUGAAUAUCGAACGUAUAUCCACAAUGAUGGCGCGAAAUAGAACUACACAGGACGGUCGAAAUGGGAAACGGACCCAGCAGAUACCAUACUGCUCUUGCUCUCCUCUGACCCGGAGAAGAGUCGCCACGUACUCGAUUGGUAGCGUCGAGUUUUUCAAGACGUCCAUGGAAUCUUGCAAGCAUUCGACCAUCUGUCCUUUCUACAUUGGGACUGAGGCAACCACAAUAGUAGGACUCAAGAUGGCAUACUAUGGGAGACUUUUAGCAAACACUGUUCGGGCUACUAUAUCCAUCACGGCUGGAGCUGGUGGGUUUUCGAUAAACCCUUGCUUGAACUAUCGUGCUCUAGUCCCCAGUAAUUCGCCAGCGUUCAGUCUUCUAAACCUGCGGGAACUGUCAAAGGGUUUCCGCAGCAUGCCUCUAUCCCAAACAAACGAAGUCUGCGAGUAUUUCGAAAGUAUUUUGCAACAACUCUACGAGUUGUUCAAGGAUAAGGCAGCGUCACCGACCGAUAUAGACGAGGACGGAGAAACUUUGCUCACUGAACUCUGCGGCGGCAUGAUUAUGCUAAGUACGGAUUUUAAUAUUGAGGCAUCCCAGAGCUUUCGUAUUCUUUUCAUGGGACUUGUCGCUGCUGGGGUCCCUCUAAACGAAACAUGUGAUGAGGGACGAACUGUUCUAGACUACUUAGUAGAUGAUGGCAUGGAGGCUAGUGGGGAGAUAAGAUCCGAACGGAAUUACGCUGAACUGGCGUUCGAGGCUGGCGCAGAACUAUCGGAUUCCUGGUUUUGGGAUUAUGAUUACUUUCCGGCAAGGCAUUUAGAAAGAUCGAUCAAAUUUGAUAAAUGGAUGGACGAUUCUGAAUGCGGUGCACUCAGUGCCGCUAUCCUCUGUCGCUCGGAAAGGAACACUGAGCAAAUUUUGCACAAAUCCCCAGGAAGCAUCCAUGAUCGGAACUCACGAGGCCAGUCUCCUCUUCACCUUUCUUGCACUUGGCCGAAAGGUGUCAUUCUGUUGCUUCGUUGUGGCGGCAGUGAAAUAAUCGACCAAACGGACAACCGCGGACAUCUUCCUUUAGCGUAUGCCUGUGCAAGUAAUUGUCUAGAAGCAGUGAAGCUGAUGUUGGAGGCUGACAGCGCUCUAUCUUCUCUAUGCGAGUCUGAUGAUGGCUAA